AAAUAAUCGAAUAACAACACUUAAGAUGAAACGUCAAGCAUCUCUAAUCUAUUUACUUGUUUUAUGUUCCUUUUCUAAUGGACAAUCUUCUCCGGAGAUCGUCCCAGUCCAGAGAGGUUUUAGCGGUUCAGGGGUAACGACCAGGUACUGGGACUGUUGUAAACCGUCCUGUGCCUGGCAAAUACCUCAAACCAACGUCAAAACUCCGGUCGAAUCUUGCCAAAUUGACGGUGUCAAUCCGAUCGACUUCAACGACCAAUCAGGUUGCGAUGAUAAUGGCGUAGCCUAUAUGUGCAACGAUCAGCAGGCUUGGGUGAUCAACGAUACUCUCUCUUACGGAUUUGUAGCAGCCUCGUUUUCCGGUGGUUCUGAUUUGAGCCAGUGUUGUCAUUGCGUCUUGCUGUCGUUCCAAGGGAGAUUGCUGGGCAAACAUCUACUAGCGCAAAUCACCAACACGGGGAGCGACUUGUACCAGAACCAUUUCGACAUCGCCAUACCCGGAGGAGGCCUUGGUAUCUUUAAGAGGGGGUGCAUGACCCAAUGGAACACCACGGAAACCGGAUGGGGUCAGGAGAUCGGUGGAGUGACGUCGGAAGCGGAAUGCUCUGAACUGCCGGCAGCACUUCAGAGGGGCUGCGACUGGAGGUUUGAGUUUUUGGAGGGAGUCGACAAUCCGGACGUCUUGUUUCAGGAAGUCGAGUGUCCCGCUGAGUUGACCGCCAUUACGAAAUGCGUGUCCCUUUCUUAAUAAAUUCGAUAGAAUAAAACGUAAUA